CGGGAAAUACAUUUUCAUAGCGCUAUACAUAUAUAUCAUCUUCGUCAUCACCGUGAGCCUUUCCUGCCUCAAAGACAUUCUAAACACCCUCUUAGGGUUUUAGAAACGCGGAAAAGACAUGGCUUUCUGGGGAGUGGAGGUCAAAUCUGGAAGGCCUUUUAUCCAUAACUAUGAUGAUUCCAAAGGACGCCUCCAUAUUUCAAUGGCUACAUUAGGGUUCGGUAGUGCGACCACAAGAAGCACGCUGCAGUGUAACGUAGGCAAUAGUAGCCCCGUGUAUCUCUGCUCUCUCUAUCCUGGAACCACUGAGUCAUUGCAGUUGAAUUUGGAGCUUGAGGAACUCGAUCAAGUUGUCUUCACCGUCAUCGGAGCUCGCAGCAUUCAUCUCUGCGGUUACUAUCUUGGCAGAACUUCUCGUACAACCAUCUUCCAUGGAGACUCUUCAGAGUCAUACGGGGAGGAUAUUGCCGAUACAGAGAAUGAGAGGUCGGAUUUCAGCGAUGAAGAUGAUUUGGACGAUAGUUUUAUUGAUGAUAAUCCUAAUCCGGAGGUUUUCCCGCCAUCUCCUAUUUCCAAUGGAGAGGAAGCUUCUGAUGAUAUAAAACCAGAAGGUAAGAAAAGCAAACAUGGACGGCUUAGGAAGAAGUAUUGUUCAGUAGCAUCGGAUGAUGAUGAUGAUGGGGGUUUCGAGGAAAAGAUAAUUGUAAAUGAUAGUAUGGAUGACCAGACAAAAGAAAUUGAUAACGAAGAUAGCCGGCUGAUUUCAUCUGUUUACAAGAGUAAAGCUCGUCAAAGGAUCUUAGUCGACGAAAUUAACACCGGUAAUAGUGGAGCAUUUGAUGCAAGGAACAAGAACUACGAAGAUGAUGGUGAUGGUAAUAUUCAAACAGGUUUAGAAACUGACAAUGUCCUUCAAGAUAGUCAGAGGGAUAGGGAAGCAACUGUGUCAGACAAAGAGAAAGAUGUUGGGGAUGUUAAAAAAUCAAAAAAGAAAAAGAAGGAAAAGCAAAAAGAAACCAGGAAUGAUGAUAAUGAUGGCGAUAGUAUUAUUCAAACAGCUUUGAAAACUAACAAUGUUCUUCAAGAUAGCCAGACGCAUAGGGAAGCAGCUCUGUCAGACAAAAAGAAAGAUGUUGGGGAUGUUAAAAAAUCAAAAAAGAAAAAGAAGGAAAAAGAAAUCAAGAGUUCCCCUAAUGGGCAUUCUAUAAAACUAGAUAAAGGUGAGCAAGAUAAGCCAAAAAUUGAGAUGACCCUGGAUACUAUCGCAGGACAAGAACAAAUCAAGGAUGGCGCUGAUGAGGACAAACAAACUGAAACUGUGGAUAAAAAGCUGCCUUCCUCUGACGUUGGUCAUGUACAAGAUGAAAAACCCAAGAAGAAAAGGAAAGAGCGGCAAAAGGAACACAUCAAACAACCUACAGAUAAUGAAGAAGUUGAGACUAUAGAGGAUGCUGGAAAAGCUAAAACAAAAAGGAGAAAGAAAGAACAAGGAAACAAAGAUUCACAUCUUGAAGGUGAAGGGAGUGUGGAAGAUCGUGCUCAUGACUUUUCCAAUGGAAAUCAAAAUGAGGAAAAGGUUAAGAAAGGAAAGAGCAAAAGUAAAAGUAAAAGUAAAGGGAACAUUGAGGCAAAGGAGGAAUAAAUGAGAAAGUAGCUGAAUUUGUGGAUGGCUUAUGACAUUGACCGUUUCAUUUUUACCAACUGAUUAUGGCUUGUAAGUUUUGCAGCAAGUUGGAGAAAUUUUUGAUAGAGAAGUUCCAUGUUGAUUGGGUAGUGAUUUUUUGGCCCUAGGUUAUGGGUUUCUUAUCCAAGAUAUUAGGCUUACAUUUGGAAGCAGACACCUUGCUUUGCUUCUUUUAAAGCUCGUUUUAUAGGUCAAAUGUGAAACCAUUAAAUGAGUUUUCUUCUUUUAAUUUCUUUUUUGGGGUCAAGGUCCUUCAUUACGUACGAAGUUAAAACAAUACAUUGGUAAUUGUUUAGGAUUGUAUUCUAUAAUGAAAUGAUCGAGAUUGAAUUA